UCGGAGCUUAUUCUUUAACCAAAACACAAGAUACAAAGUUGCAAGUUAAAAUGCGGAAGACUACUGUGCUUUUCAUGGCUGCGGUUUUGGUUUUGUACCUAAUAGUAAUUGUAAAUGCCCAAGGAACUUGCAAGGGAAAACCAAGAACCCCGAAAUGCGCUGGAGCACCAGACGGUGGUAAUAAUCGUAAAAGAAAGUGCAAAAAAUCGGCCAACAACGAUAUGUGGAAUUAUAAUCCGGUGACUAAAAACUGCACCAAAAUUAAUUAUUUGGGAUGCGCUGGCAAUGACAAUCGUUGGUGCAGCAAAAUAUUAUGUGAAUCCUGUCGCCCAAGAUAAAGAAUAAA